ACACGUAAACUGUUACCAAUACCACUUUGGUUCUAACCUUCUUACCAUACACUUGUUCUUUUUCUCUCUUCUUUCAUCUCUGAAAGUUUUCUUCUCCACAUCCAAAAACUGAAACCAUGGCUGACUUACUGGUGGGAGGAGCUCUUCUCUCUGGUUUCAUCAAUGUCCUCUUUCAUAGACUAGCUUCUAAAGAGGUCCUCAACUUCAUUAGAGGAAAGAAAGUUAUUCCUAAGUUGCUUAAAGAGUUGGAGAUUACAUUGAUGUCUGCUAAUGUACUGCUGAACGAUGCCGAGGACAAGCAACUUGGAGACAACAAUGUGAAGAAGUGGCUUGAAGAUCUUAAAGAAGUACUUUAUAGAGCUGAUCAUAUGGUGGACAAGAUUAACACUAAAGCUUUGCAACUCAGGAUGGAGAAAGACGAACGCAAAAGGGCAAAAAGUAAGUUCACAAACCUUAUUCCAAACAUGUUUAGUUCGUUUGACAAUGCUGUGAAAUCUGAAUUAGCAGAUAUCCUCGGUACAUUAAACCAUCUUUUAGCUCAGACAAAAUUCCUUGGUUUGAAAAAAGUUGACCAAAGAACAACAUUACAUAGAUUACCUGCUCCUUUGCUGGAAGAUUCAGAGGUUUUUGGAAGAGAUGAUGAUAAGGAGGCUAUCAUUAAGAUAUUGUUGUGUGAUGAUGUUGGAGACCAUAAGAUAUCUGUUAUUCCAAUAGUAGGGAUGGGUGGUCUUGGCAAAACUACUCUUGCUCAGCUUGUUUACAAUGAUAGCAAUGUCCAAGAACAUUUUGACUUGAAAGCUUGGGUCACAGUUUCAGAAGAAUUUGAUGUUUUUAAAAUAACUAAACUUAUUUUGGAGACAAUCACUUCUAGUGGGUGUGGAAUUACAGAUCUAUAUCAACUUCAGAAUGAAUUAAAGAAGGUUUUGACUGGGAAGAAAUUUCUUUUUGUUCAUGAUGAUGUUUGGAACGAAAAAUAUGAGUUGUGGGACUCUUUGAAAAGUUCUUUUCAAUCUGGCGCACUUGGAAGUAAAAUUAUUGUGACUACGCGUAGUAAUGUUGUUGCAAUGAAGAUGAAGACCGGAAAUGUUCAACCAUACGAACUUAAAGAAAUAUCUAAUGAUGAUUGUUGGAAGCUGUUUGUAAAACAUGUCAUUGAUAAUACAUGCAUAAAUGAUUUCCGUCAAGACUUGCAAGAAAUUGGAAAGCAAAUUAUUGAAAAGUGCAAGGGCCAUCCUUUAGCUGUAAAAUCAAUGGCUGGUCUAUUACGAUCUAUGUCAACUUGCGAGGAGUGGACACAUGUAUUGCAAAGUGGUGUAUGGGAAUUGCCCAACUCUCGCGAUAUUGGAAUUUCAUAUAGUCAAGUCCUUUUGUGACCAAUUUUUUUUACAGAUUUUCAUAUAGUCAACUCUUUUCAUCAAAGAUGUAUAGGAGUGGCGUACUAUUUAGUUUGUGAUUGCUAUUAUUAUUGCUCCUGUUUUAGAUGAUUAUGCUGCUGCUCUUGAGAAAAGUUAUACUAGAAUGAGAACUGUUCUUGUUAACAGAUGACAAUGUUUAAUUCUUCAGUGAUCAUUUUUUAUCAUUUGAUUAUUGCCUUU